ACCUAGCGGUCCGGCGUGCCCCUGCAAGGACCCGGCAACUGCUCCCGCGCUAACCAGACCAGUGAUGGAUUCAUUGCAAUGCGGAACUUUCCUUGACUGCAAAGAGGGGAGAGGUCUCAAGGCAGAACCUGGGGCUGUGCACACCGCGGGAGGGGCAGAGGCCCCUGGAAACGAACAGGAGCAGGAGGCCCAGGGCUGCGCAGCGACCAAGGAGGACACGAGGAAGGUGCUUGUGCCACCGGUGGAAGACGUGGCUUUGGCUUUUAGGCUCCCCUCGGGGCAGGAGCGGAUCAAAGAGCCUAGCCCCAGCUUCGGUGGUGGGUGGGGGGUCCUCCCGGCAGCGGGGAGCGUGGGUACCAGCAUCCUCAGCCUGCGGCUCCCAGGCGAGUGUGGGAGGGCAGAGCCCAGAGAAUUGGAGGUGGGGCCAAUGUGGGCCCCGCCCCCAACCAUUGUGUCAGAGAGGGAAGUGGACGAGCUCCUCGGUAAGAACCAAUGAGGAUGUGGUAUGCAAAUAAGCAAGUGGAGGCCGCCAGCCGACUUCCUCGCGCUGUGCAAGCUGCUCCAGUGAGGGCGCAGACUGUACUGGCCUGUGCGGAGCAAGGCGGUGUUUCUGACGCAUGGGGGCCAUGGAGCAGAGGAAGGGCUGGAUGCAUGAAGGAGGCGGGUUGCGGGGAGCGAGGGACCCGCAGACUCCAGGGCCACAGAUGCGUGGACCUAUUGGAGACCCUCAGGUUGUCUCCCCACCCCACGCAGAGAGGAAUGCGCAGCUGAAGAGAGAGGUGGGCAGCAGGCCCGGUCACCUGCCAGGUGACCACAUGGCCAGGUGCCGCCACCACUCGGGUUACCUGGCCGAUGACGAGGCCAGUUACUCCAUGUGCAGUGCACAGGUGCAGCUGCCCAAGAAGCCACUGGUCCCAGAAAUGCAGCCAGCCUGCAAGCCGGGCCGUGUGCCACACCCACCAUCCACAUGUGGCAGCUCAGCACUCCAGGGCCAACGCCGAAACAAGAGGCACCCUCAGCCCUUUGGCCACUUUCUGGAUUUCCUAACUGAGAGCCAGGUCCUGGACAGCCUGGAGACAGUGGUGGAGAAGGCGACUGAGCGCAUGGCUGCCAUGAAGACGGAGGCUGGGGUGCCGCUUGUGGAGGUGCAGGACCCAGUGGAGGUGCCAAGUGGUGGACGGCGGGCACAUGCCCGGCCCAGCCUCAGCACCGUACACCGGCACCGUGUACGGCCGACCCUCUGCACUGGACACCCCAACAACUACCCAUCCAGCUCUAGCUCCAUGUCCAACUGCCAUAGCAGCCUCAUGGCCGGCUGUCUGGGCUCCCACAGCCGGGACAGUGACCUAGGUGCCCAAGGCUCAUUGCCACCUGUGAGGGACAAACUCCUGCUGGAGAAGAACCUCAAGCGGCUGCUACAGCUGGAGAGGAAAGGGAAAGGCCUCAGUCAGUCCUGCUCCCAGAGGGACUCCCUGCUGUGGGAUUCGCUGGGUAGCCAGACCAGCUUUCAGUGGACCCAGGAGCAGCCCUUGUCCUGGUUCUCAGGGCUGCUGGGCUCAAGCUCUGGCGUGCCUGAAGCAUCAGAGCCGAGGCCUGGAGAACAGGAGCCAAUCUUCCGCAAGCGAGAGUUCAAUAAGGAGAUCAAGUCAUUACUGAGCCAGCUGGAGUCCCUCGACCUGCCUGGCUACUGUCCGCUCCGUGAGCCCCAUCGCACGCUGAACUUCCUGGCUGACCACCGCCUCUUCCCCGCCCUGCAAAGCGUGGUCAGCCAGGCUGUGGAUAAGCUCCGUGGCGCCCACUGCCGCGACGGCCGUCCUCUGUUCCCCACCAGCUUGGAGCCCACCUCAGAUCUGCCGCCUCUGGGCUCUGAGCCAGCUAAACCCACCAAUGGCGGGCAGCCCCAUGCUUCCCCCCGCCCCACAGUCUCCAGCCCCAGGAUGCUUCAGAGAAAACGCAAGGACGGAGGAGGCUCCCCCUCCAUGUCUAGUGCCCAGGUGGCCACCAGAUUCAAACUCAAGAGCCCCCGCAGCAGCAGCAGGUUCACGAAGAAGAAGCCGCUGCCCUCCAUCUCGUCAAAGUCCAGCAUGUCUCACUUCUCCAACCGCCUUUAUGAGGAGCUCGCCGACUUCCUGACCCAGCAGGCAGCCUUCUUGGUCAUCCGCAAGUACGAGUUCGAAAAGGACCUCAAUAAGCAGCUGGGCUUCUUCUCCUUCCCCAUCACCCACGUGCUCAGGGACCUUUCCCUGGGCUUAAAGAAGGUAAAAGGCUCCCGCAUCCACCUGUCCUCAGAGACCCACCGGAGCUGCCUGCUGCGUAAACUGGAGGAGGCCAAAAGGGCCCGGCAGGCCUCCCGGCUCAUCACCUCCCACCGCAGCACAGAGACACCCUCUGUGCAGCAGGAACCAGCCACCCACACUGCCCAGGACCAGGCCACAGAGCCCUGCCGCUCCCUCUACACCAACUUGCCAGCCAGCCGGCAGCUCAGCCCUUUGGAGCCCAAGCUCUACAUGUCUGCCUGCACCGGCAUGGGUUCCAGUCCCCCCAAGUCCAAGGACAUGGACAAUGAGGGCCGUGAUAAAGCCGAGAUUGAAGAUGAAGAUGAGGAUGAGUUCAAGGAUGAAGACCAGGAUGAGGACAAGGAUGAGGAUGGUGUCCAGAGCCUCCCAGAGCCUGGAGAGGAGGCCUCGGUCAGCCACUCCGUGGACGUGGGCCACGGUGACCCACCAUGAAGUCCCCACUAGCCACUCGAUUCCCUGCUCUGUCAGAGUUGCUGCACAUCACACCAGCCCCUGCCAAGAGCAGGAGUCACCACAGGCUGAAUGCCCACGAGGAGCUCUGUUGAGACUCUCAAGGGAGCCAGUGAAAGAAAUAGAAAUAAAGCCUGUGUUGCUGGGACACAGGUUUGCUGUCCUGAGA